AUCCUUGUCUUUGACCAACCGAGAUUAGAUAUAGCUAUCACAAUUCAUUGAGAUAACGUUAUUGAUAGAAAAUUCGUGCAAAAAUACAACAACUCCACAUAAUAUACUAUUAUUACAAUAAUAUUAUAAAAAGAAUUACAUUUAAAAAGUGUUUUUUUGUUAAAUAAACACUAAAUUAUUGUUGACACAGUGUGUUUUAGUGACAUUUUGUGAAUUAAAAUGUGUUAGGAAAUGUGUUUAGUGUUUUUUUAGUGUGUAAAACUGUGAACAUGUAAGUAACGUGACGCAGUGAGAAUAUUUUGUGCUAUUUCGUAUAGAACAAACAAUGAUUUUAAGGAUAAUCGUGUUUUUCUGCAGUCUAGUAUUUUCUUCAGCAAACAACUCUAAGCCACGAUGUCUAACUGGAUAUAUGACAGAUGUCCAGAACUGGGUAGACGAGCAUGGAAACCUACUUACAAGUCAAGCGGAGAAACAGAACUCAAUAGACCUCUCAAUGAAUUCAAAUCCGAUAAAGAUGUUACACCAUCAUAUGGACAUGUUGAAGUCAUCGCAUCGGUCCGUCAGGUACCUGAGUAUGGCUAGAUGCGACCUGACAAGGGUGCCACCGAUUUUCCAGUUGGAAGACUCACAGGAAAGGCAGCUGUCAACCAUGUUGGAAUACAUGACAUUCUAUGGGAAUAAGUUCCUAGGUAUGAGUGCUGCUGGAGAGCAUUAUACCCUGAGCUUCAAUGCUACAGGAGCAACCAUUAUGAACUUGGGAUCCUCACCACAGACACAAGCUGAAAACGUCUGGUCAUCCGGAUUUGCAGCGGUGAACUUCACAAGACUCAAAGAGCUGGACUUGAGAGCGUGCUCGAUUCAGGUUUUAGGACAGAACCUAUUUACAGGCAUGACCGAAUUACGAGCUCUCUAUAUCGGAGAGAACGAAAUCUUCUUCAUCGACUCAACCGCAUUUACGGGGCUAACCAAAUUAGUCCAUCUAGAUUUUAGCAGAAACCAAGCAUUCGAUGAGAAUGGGAACCCAAAAAAUCUUGCUACCGAAAGCUAUUAUGCUUUUCAACACCUCAAUCUGGUAUCUUUGGACUUAUCUUAUACGAAACUGACACAGAGAAAUCUUGGCAUGUUAAAAAGCCUCGGUAAAACCCUUAGAAGUCUUUCGCUAUGUGAAACAGGACUGAAUGGUCUUCACGAUGACAUUUUUAUAUCAACUUCUCUACAAAUUCUUGACGUAUCAAGAAAUAAUGGGAUUUUACAAGGAACCAAACCUUUAAAAGGCAUAGAAGAUUCCCUUAUAGUCUUAUACGCCCAAGAAGUUGGUUUGAACACAAUGAAUAUUUUCCAAAAUUUCACACAACUAGUCAUACUCCAGCUAGCUAACAAUGAAAUUAACAAUGUUGACGAUAUCGCUGUAAAAAACUUAAGAAGCUUAAAAGUAUUGGAUUUAAAUAAGAACAGAAUUAAUUCCUGGUUUAAAAGAACUUAUUCCUUGAUGCCAGAUCUAAGUUAUUUAUCACUAAAAGAUAAUAACAUUAACUUAAUAACAGAAGAGAUGAUCAUGGAUUUGAUGUAUGUGGACUAUUUGGCUCUUUCAGAAAAUUCAUUGAUUUGCAAUUGUCACUCCAAAGACUUGUACAAGAUGGCCGCCAAGAAUGACAUAUUAUUUAAUGAAAUUUUCGUACGCGGAACAGAGACUGGACUUCAUCAGACUGCUUUUGAAUAUUAUAAUGAUAUAAUAAAGAAUAGGAAUAAAGUGGAUUUCCCGUCUGAUUGCGAUGAUCAAUGUUUUGAAGAUAUAGGAGCUUCUGGCAAAUUUCGUUUUGUGGAUUAUUCUAAUGAUACUUAUAUUUGCUUGCCUGUUGGGGAAAGUAAGCCAGUUCAGAUCGCAGAUGUGUUUAGUUGUGGAAGAGCGUCGAGGGAAGAGAUUUAUCAGCAAGAGUUGGAUGAGGGGAGAUUAAAGCUUUUAGCUUUGUUGACUCUGCCAUGUGUUAUGAUUAUAGGUGGAAUGGUUUACAUGUUCAGACGUCGCAUCAGAUAUUUUUAUAUCACAAUGAGAAACUCUGCAAUGCUGAGUUUGAUUAAUAAGAAGGAUGUGGUUGAUGAUAACACAAUCUUUAAUUACGAUGUGUUCGUAUCCUACUGUAACGAGGAUCGAGGCUGGGUGCUGGACCAUCUGCUACCUCAUAUGGAGACCGAGUGCAGCAUCAGCGCUUGUUUACAUGAGAGGGACUUUCUUGUGGGCCUCUCAAUCCUGGAGAACAUAGUCUCCUGCAUGGACCGAUCCAGGUCCAUCAUGUUAAUCCUCUCGCAGAGGUUCCUGCUCAGCCAGUGGUGUCAAUUUGAGAUGCAUCUUGCGCAACACAGACUCUUAGAAACGCGCCGAGAAGACCUAACACUGAUUCUUCUGGAAGACAUACCACGGCGUCUAAGACCUAACACUCUGCAUUACCUGAUGCUGACAAAGACCUAUAUAGUCUGGCCAAAAGACGAGUCCGAAAGACCAAUGUUCUGGAAAAGACUAAAGAAGACCCUAAUAGCUCAAAAGACCAAACCAUCGGAUAAUGUAUCGUUAGCUUAAUGUGUGAUCUGGUUUUUGAAAAAUUAACGAGUGUUCGUCCAUUUUCGUACGCAGCGCCCUCUGGUGCGCUACGGGUGUUAAUAAAAUGAUAAGAUUUUUAUUUUGAAGUUCCGAAAAACACUUAACUAUAUGAUUUAGAAGACAGAUAUUUUUGAAAUUCUCAGAAAUGAAUAUUAACAUUUUUUAAUUAUUUUUAAAACAUAUAUUUUUACUGUCUGCUUGGGCACUUUGAUUAUCUUGGAAAGGUAGGCUGUGACCUGCUUUGUACUCAAAUAAUUUAUGUAUGCAAAAUAAGAAGAUUAAAACAUUUUUAAUCUUAAAAAUUACAACAAUUUUAUUAUUAUAUUUUGUUAUAUAAAAAGCAAUGAUCCAAAAAUGUCGGCAGAAGAUAAGUAGGUACUUGAGUUUGUAUUAUUUUAUAAGCCCUAAGUUUGUAAUACAUAUAGCAAUAAAAUUCAUUGUUAUUCAUUGAACCAAAAAUGUUGUUUAAUAAAAACGAAACUAAAAUCAAA